AUUACAGCAUUACAAUGUUGGCAGAUUACGCUCAUUUUCUUUGUGAAAAACAAAGGAUAUAAUAGGAUAGCGGAUAAUAUGAUUAGGUUCAGACUGGGCCCGAGGCAUGACUGAGUCCCAGUGAUACAAUUUCUCAACAAAAACCCUAAAGUACCGCUUAAAACCUUGAAAUCUUCUCACGCUGAGGCUUGAUGUUACGUAUGGUUUAGCCCUGAAAGUUGAAAGUGAAUUUUAAAAGUGUGUAUUUGUAAUAAUGUAUAUUUCAGUUUUUCUUUAUCAAUCCGGAUGGAGUCUGUAAACCUCCUAAUCUGUGGUAUUAAUAUCAUUAUUACUGAUCUUUUGAAUGUGAAAGAAAGCGUUAAAUACGUGCAUGUAUUUAUUUUUUAUUUUUGUUAUUUCCGUUCCAUUGAGCUGUAACGAAAAAAAGAAAGAAAGAAAGAAAGAAAGAAAGAAAGAAAGAAAGAAAAAAAGAAAGAAAGAAAGAAUAAAACAAUGUUUGUACCAUAGUGAAGACAAGGCAUUGUUGUUCUGGCCUGGAAAUGGGGCCAUUUCAUGUGCAAAAUUUCAUUGAGCCUUGGAAUAGAAACCCAAAAAUGGGCAGGUUUUAACACAAGACGUCCAUGUGUGUGUGUGUGUGUGUGUGUCUUUUAUCGCUUGUAACUUUUCUUAAAAUUACUGGAUGUAUUUCUGGUGCUGGACUGAAGCAUAUCUGCAAGACAGGCCAGCUGCAGUUUCACAUUAUUGGCCUGGAUGGGAGAUACAAGGACUUUUAUGUAUUAAAUCUGCUUGUUAAUUCACAGCACGCAGCUUGAACAUGACAUUCAGACCAAAAGUGCCAGAAAUCUCUUUAUAAUUAAUCUGCAAUAUAUAUAUAUAUAUAUGUUAUAUAUAUUGUAUAUACAACCUGAAUCUUAACAGAGAGAAACACAUGUUAACUGUUUAUGUAAAUGCCAGUUGUUUCCACCGAUACAGGAUAUUUGGGACGUUUUGGCCUCUGAUCUAAUAUGCAGAUCAGCUUCUUAUCCAAGUCCGCCCACAUUCUGAGACGUUUAUAAGUCAUCACCAUAACAAAAGGUCUGGGGGAAAAAUAAUUUCAUGUGUGAGGCUUUAGAGGACACAUUAUCUGUCGUCGUAGGCCCGACACAGCCCCGUGCGCUGAUGUAUGUAUGGAGGAAUGCUCCGGGCUUACAUAACUGCGAGCUAACUUCCUGAUAGCGCAAGCAAAAUAAUCAGGGCCUAAAAACUCGACGAGCUCAACAGUUAUCUCGGGAAUGUUCUCGAUUUAAUGUGAAUCACGUAAUCUACGGAAAGCUUAUUAGGGAGGCAGAUCAAACCGACGGCCUCUAACGAGUGAAAAGCUGAAACGUGUCUCUGAACAAAUGAGUUUCAGUGUUGCCUUUGUUCCUGUGUGAUUUUAUGCUUGUUUACCAAUGUACAUCCUCUUUUACGUUACAUUUUUUUAUUAACGUCACUCCCCAAUGUUAACAACGUGAUCUGAGAAAGAGUUUACAGUCUGCACGUACACAAACGCUCAAACCAGUGUCCGUUUCCAGCACGCUAGCACAUUAAUUUGAAACACCAGAGCAUUGUAAGCUUUACACUAUCCAUCUAUCUUAUAAACAUGUCCUGUUGUUCUGUCGUAUGGCUAUUAUCACUUCUUUAAAUAUGUGUUACGUUCAUACGAGUCCCUACGCACACGUUUUAGCCUAGCUUGAACAUCGACGUCUUCAACGCAGUAGAGAAUUCGCGACUACGAAGCAUUUAGAAAGAUUACGUCAGCUCCUGUUUCCGGUUUCUAUUCCGUUCUUUACGCCUUGGCGGAACUUCUCCGUCCCUGGCGGGAAUAUUGAUAACCUGGAACCUUAACUCUAAAUAGAAAGGUUUGACCAGGCGACAAACACAAUCAGGUUUUUAUUUAAUUACCUUUCAUUUCGUGGCUGUAGAUUUUUUGCCGCGUGUGUGUGUUGCUUCUGAACUCCUACACUUGUUGAAAAAGAGUGACUCACAGGACAUUUUCCACUUCUCACAGGGUCACUGUCUGCUUACACUGCAACACCUCAUUUACAAAAGUAUUCCGCGCACAUUAAGAGGGAUUUAUACGCUGCAGACUGCCAGUUUCCUUCUGUCAAGAGUGUCUUCGGGUCCCAGACGCAGUAUGAAAGAUACCACACAGCAAUGUGGGUUCAAAGCUGGCUCAGGAACUGUGUCAUGUGUCACCUCAUCUCUCUCCACUCUUUGUGUUUGAGGUUCAUGAUAUACUAGCUAAGUAGAAAAAAAAAAAAAAAAAAGAAAAAGCAUAAAAGUCGUAUUUUAAAAGGUACGUGCACGCCGAGGCCUGGCUGCCGCUGAUGUUGGACGCUCUGAUGUUUAGUUUAGUUGGAAAACUCUGUGAUAUUUUAGUUGGUUCGGUCAUAAAUUACAGCUGCGUGCCUCGUGCGCUCAUCAUGGUGCGUUAAAACGGAAUUUGAUGGUUCGUAAUUAAAUUCACUUUCUCUUUCGGUUUGUUAGUAACAUCACAGAUGUUGAAUUUUGGUGCAAAGCAAAGAAAAUCAGCGGGUUAUUUAUUUACAUCUAUUAAAAUUAUAUCUGACUAUCCGUUAUCAGGGCUUUGAUCAAUAUCUUCACAUUGCUUAUCCAACUUAAAAGCACAGUCACAAAUCUUUGACAUUUAACUUUCUAGCUUGAGAACAGUUUAUUUAAACGCUUAUGUGAUCAAAUAUCCUGAGACCCCGCGUCCUCUUAAGGGAACAUUAUGUUUUCGGUUUGUGGCAGUUUGUUGUGCUUCAUUUAGACCCGUUGUCCUCAUAAGUGGACGCCCUUGUCUGAAAUCUAGCAGUAGCAAAUGGUCCAUACAUUCAUUCUGAAGCUAAUCACGGGACAAAAGUAGACAAGGUACAAAACUUUAUCAAGUUUUACAGUUGAAACUUGUUUUUUUAUGCAUUUGUAACAAAUUCCAUCAAUAAUAACGAGCUUCAAAAUCGCUAAUUUGAGGGUGUUGGGACUUCAUUGUUUGCGAUCCUGUUCUUCCCACUCAAAGAUGAUGCAAAGUUUUUAUAUUUCUUAGAAUCUACUAAUCCUAAAUAUCUUGGCGAAACUAAAAAUGUGUUGUCAGGUGGUUUAGAAAACACACUGAGACAUAAUAAAGAGUGAAUUUUGAAUAUAAACGAGUAAAGGAGCAGGAAGUCUUAACCUGAGCAGCUCUGAUUAAACUACAGUAAAAAAAAAAUGCAGUUUAUGAAACAUUGUGCCUCUGCAUUGUGUCAUGUGUCCGCAUUGUGUGUCUUUGUUGUGGUGCCACGGGGGUCUGGCCACAGUGGAGCAUCGCUUCUUGUGGCAGCUCUAGUGUCUCAGCUCGGUUGUCCACCGUGGAUGUGGGCAGCUGUGCAUGUACGUAGCCAGGAAGAUGAGGUUUGACACAUUUUGUUUGCAAAAAGCUUUGCUUUCAUCUCCCUUUGUGAAGAGGGUGAGCUUUUCCUAUAAGCAAGCACACAUGCAACCUGAUGGAAACUGAUGCAAAUGAUAGUAGUAGAAGUCAAACAGGAAGGCAUAAUUUUUACUUUAUUGUUCCUCAUCAAGAUUUAAAACCGAGAAUAACAGCCUGGCUAGUGUAAUUCUUCUUUCGUGAUUAUCAUAAAAUCUCAACAGUCAAUACUCGUAUGUCUGUAUAUUCUGAUUAUUUCCUUUCCGCUUUUUUUUCUUUCUUUUCUUUUUUUUUUUUGUGAGUCGGUGUGUGUGACGUGUUACGAUUUUUCCUUUUAACUCAAACGGGCCUUUUCUCGCUGCUGCCACAUAACCGUCCCAGACUGCACUGAGAACCAGUUAAGAUUUUAAUCUCAUCUCAAUGUCUUCACCUCUUCACGGAUGUCCUAUCCUAACGGACACGGCAACUCACCGUGCGCCUCGGGAAUUGUUGUUCUGGGAUAAAUCUGUCCCGAGAUGUUUUAUGCGUUCAUUUAUUUUCCCACGAAGGGGGAAAAUGUAGACAUUUUCAAAAGCAGAGGGAAUGCUCUAGAACCAAGCAGCACCUGCUCAACGGAAGAGCGGCAUGCUGGAGAAAGGAGGCUGUGAGGGCGGACUGCAACUUCCUGUUGUGGCUUUUGACACCAGUGUUAAUGUGCAAGCUUCAUGCAAUCUUAAAGUGUAGGUGCCUCAAGUUAAAUUUCUCAUCCAGACGUGUGAGUCCUCACGGCUCGACUGAAUAGAUCCUUGAAAGAAAGAAAGAAAAGAAAUAAGAAACACUGAUCAGUUAAGUCCGUUGUUGGUCCUGGUGAGACACAGCUGGAGGGAAAGAAGAAGAAGAAGAAGAAGAAGAGGACUUCAAGACCAGAUCCGUCUUGACUCUCCCACGUCUCACCAUGUCCAUCGACCCGGCGGCCGAACUGCCUUUCUACUACGGCAGCAUCAGCCGCUUGGACGCGGAGCAGCACCUGAAGCUGGCCGGCAUGGCCGACGGCCUCUUCUUGCUGCGGCAGUGCCUGCGCAGCCUGGGGGGCUACGUCCUGUCCGUCGUGUGGAACCUGGAGUUUCACCAUUACACCGUGGAGAAGCAGCUCAACGGGACCUACUGCAUCGCAGGGGGGAAGAAUCACUGCGGCCCCGCGGAGCUCUGCGAGUUUUACAGCAAAGACGCCGACGGGCUGGUGUGCACGCUGAGGAAACCGUGCCUGCGCGCCCCGGAGACGCCGAUACGCGCCGGCGUGUUCGACAGCCUGAGAGAAAACAUGCUGAGGGAGUACGUGAAGCAGACCUGGAACCUGGAGGGAGAAGCCAUGGAGCAGGCCAUCAUCAGCCAAGCUCCUCAGCUGGAGAAGCUGAUCGCCACUACGGCGCAUGAGAAGAUGUCUUGGUAUCACGGUAAACUCACCCGCCAAGAAGGCGAGAGGCGGCUUUACUCCGGAGCGCAGCCCGACGGCAAGUUUCUAGUGCGAGACAGAGACGAGGCGAAUUCGUUCGCUCUCUCCGUGAUGUACGGAAAGACGGUUUACCACUAUCAGAUCCUCCAAGACAAAUCAGGGAAAUGGUCGAUGCCAGACGGCACGAAGUUUGACACAAUCUGGCAGCUGGUUGAAUACCUGAAGAUGAAGCCUGACGGCCUGGUUACUGUUCUCACGGAGGCGUGUGUUAACGGAAAGGCUGAAAAGACGCCCAGUCUUCCUUCAAAUAGGCCGAAAGUAUCAAGUGCAGGACUGGGUGCAAGGUACACACCGCCACCUGGAGUUGGCGACCUGCCCAUGGACUGCAGCGGAUUCAACCCGUAUCACAACCCCAACGACAUCAAGAGGUUCAACAUCAAGAGGGAUCAGCUGCUGAUGGACGAGGUGGAGCUCGGCUCCGGGAACUUCGGCUGCGUCAAGAAGGGAGUCCUCAAGUUAGAAUCGGGUCAGAUAGAUGUGGCCAUCAAAAUGCUGAAGAGCGACAACGAGAAGCUGGUGAAGGAGGAGAUGAUGAGGGAGGCGGAGAUCAUGCACCAGCUGGAUAACCCCUUCAUCGUCCGCAUGCUCGGCCUGUGCAACGCCGAGUGUCUGAUGCUGGUCAUGGAGAUGGCCGGUGCCGGGCCUCUCAACAAAUUCCUCUCCUCAAAAAAGGACACCAUAACCGUGGAGAACAUUGUAAACCUGAUGCACCAGGUGUCGAUGGGGAUGAAGUAUCUGGAGGAGAAGAACUUCGUACACAGAGAUUUGGCCGCUCGCAACGUCCUGCUGGUCAACCCACAGUUUGCCAAAAUCAGCGACUUCGGCCUCUCCAAGGCGCUGGGAGCAGACGACAACUACUACAGAGCUCGUACUGCAGGUAAAUGGCCGCUGAAGUGGUACGCCCCCGAAUGUAUAAACUACCACAAAUUCUCCAGUAAAAGUGACGUGUGGAGUUUCGGCAUCACCUUGUGGGAGGCGUUUUCCUACGGAGGGAAGCCGUACAAGAAAAUGAAAGGGCCCGAAGUGAUUCGAUUCAUCGAAGGCGGGGGCCGCAUGGAGUGUCCGUCUGCUUGUCCGGAGCGAAUGUAUACGGUGAUGAAUGAAUGCUGGACGUACAAGCACGAAGACCGUCCUGACUUCAAGAAGGUUGAGGAGUCCAUGAGGGCCUACCAUUACUCCCUAUCCAACAAGGCCCUGGUGGAGGAAGCUACAGCCGAGGCUGCCAAGUAGACCGACACACACACAAAAAAAAAAAAAAGAAAGAAAAAAAAAAAGGCACAUUCUGUCUCAGUGCUGCACAAAGCGUCCUUUCAACCACCGGGUUAAACAACCAAGACAAAGGCUGUUUUAUGAACGGUGCACACUGGCCAGCUUUGACUACCGACACAGCUCAACGGACCUCAGCGACAAUAAAUGUGCAUUUGUAAAUUGGACUUCAAGUGUGUCAGUCAUGUAAGGUUGCAUCUCUAUCUGUCCGUCGUAGUUUGAAUGUUAAAUGUUUUCACAUUGAAGAACAGUUUCGUUUUACAUUGUUGUAUUUUGGGAUUUGCAAGGACAGUACUGUAUUCGCCGCUGCCUAGGAGCAAUUUAUUGUUUUUAAAGGGCAAAGAAACUAAAAGGAAAACGAUGGGUUGAUAAUUUAUAGUGUUACAACUGAGUUUAGUGGGGUUCAUUAUCACAGAGGUAGUGUUGAGUGUAAAAACUAGACUGUAUAUAACAAUGUAACGGUGUAAUUAUUAAUUAUUCUCACAGCUGAACCACAAAAACCAUAUGAAACCUAAAUAAUAAUAAUAAUAAUAAGGAAAAUCUGUAACUUUAUCGAGCAUGUAGCAGAAAAUAAGUGAGAUUAAUGGCUUGUAAACAUAGCCUGGGUGCAUGAGCAGAGUACCACAUCUGGAUUGGAAACUUUAUGUAAAGACAAAGCCAAAAACUUGACGUCAACCUUUCAACUGAACUCUCUGUUGAUAUGUUGAAAUGUGUAUCUGAAAGAACUCUUGACAGAUUUAUGGGCUAAAAACGCUGUUUGCUUUUCUUUGCUUUUUUUUUUUUUUCUUGACAGAAAUUUUAAAUGUGUUGUAUUGUGGUUUAGCGUGACUGCUGUGAAUUUUUAAAAAAGGCCAGUCAGGUUUUCCCCUUGUCUCUCUGUGACAUUUUAUAGGAAGUACAUCUGACCUGCUAGGCAACGCUGGAGGGCACCCGGAAGUUGGUGAUUUAGCCUUCAAAAUAAUGUCUUCAGGAAAUAAACCCUUUGACCCACACGUUGUACUGUCUUACAUGUUUAAAGUUACGGGUGUGGAUAUUCCUGCUUGAAAUAAAGGCACUAGCAGUUAAAUAAAAAUAAAAAAAUAAAAAUUA